AUAAAAUGAAGAAAAUUUGACAUUCAAUAACAUAACCUUUAAAUUUUGAGACAAUAUUUGGAUUUGUUGUAAUGACAUUGGUUUUAACAUUAUCCUAUUUAUUAAAUAAAACAUGGCAAAAUAUAUUGCUCAAAUAAUAGUUCUUGGAACUCAGGUUGUCGGACGAGCUUUCGCUAGGGCACUAAAACAGGAAUUAGCUGCGUCACAAGAGGCUGCUAAAAGAGCUGGUGGUGGCCCUGAAGGCGCAAGAAGAGCGGCAGCAAAUGCUUCCACAGGACUGACAUUAGAAGAAGCUAUGCAGAUUUUAAAUUUAGAAAAAUUAGACCCUGAAAAAAUUAAGAACAAUUAUGAACAUCUGUUUAAUGUUAAUGAUAAGGCAAAAGGAGGUUCCUUCUACUUACAAUCUAAAAUAGUAAGAGCUAAGGAGAGAAUAGACACCGAACUGAAAAGUCACCAACCUAAGACAGAUCAAAGUCAAUCCAAGGCCACCUCAUGAAGUUAAUCAAAUUGAAGUUGUAGAUAAUUAUUGUUUUAGUAAAAAAAUUUUGUUUUAUAAAAUAUUUUAUUACGUAGAAAAUGGACACAAUAGUGACUAGAAUACAUCAGUCUUUAACUAUGUAACAUGAUUAUGUAAAAUAGUUAUGGCAUUAUAUAAAAAUGCAGCAUAAGCAGAUACAUCGCUUAAAAAUAAUUUAAGCCUGAUAUGAUUAUUAAUAAACCCUAAGCAAUACAA